GCCGGCAGUUAGUCGACUGACUUUGGGCUCAGAAGGGUGUAAACAUGGGCCUCCCCGACAUUGACAACAUACCGGACACAGGUGCGGUGUUUACACUAGGUCGUAGUCGUUUCGCGGAUAACGUAGCCUCGCAUUUUUUUAUCCGAAAGGAUCCGGUGAUCAGCAUAGCCUGCGGGGACGAGCACUCGGCCGUUGUGUGCCAGAGUGGAAGGUUAUUCGUCUUCGGGAGCAAUGAUUGGGGUCAACUGGGUCUCGGCCACAAAAAUCACGUCAGCAAGCCUUCGUGCGUGAAAAGUCUCAAACCAGAGAAAGUAUCACACGUCGCAUGCGGGAGGGCUCAUACAUUAAUAUGUACAGACGGACAGAAGAUAUUUGCAUGCGGAAGCGACCAGGAGUCUCAAUUGGGAAGAGGUCAACAGACUGUGGGAGAUAGCUCGAGCUCACCAAUUAUGAUUUACGACUGUGGUCUUGCUGGACCCAGGGUGGUGCAAAUUGCUGCUGGAUCCCAGCACUCUCUCGUAUUGACCAGCGACGGUGGAGUUCUCGCCUGGGGUAGCAAUUUGGAGGGACAGCUGGGGCUACAUGGCGUUUCCGGUCUCAUUAAUACACCUACCAGGCUCCAUAUACCGGAGCCAGUCAAGCAAAUCAGCGCCGGUUACUAUCACUCGGCCUUUCUUACAGAGAGUGGAGCAGUUUAUGUCUGUGGUGAAGCGGAGAGUGGAAAACUGGGAAUUGUCCUGGACUUUAGGACGCAGUUGGCCCCCAAGCAGAUGUCGUUAUCCGUGAAAGCUGCUCACGUCGCCUGUGGGGGACAUCACACCCUCGUUUUUGGAGACGACGGCAAAAUCUACUGCACUGGAAGCAAUGCCAGUGGUCAAUUAGGAAUGGGCACGAGUGUAACCGAAAUUCAGACCCCGAAGCCGCUGGAAGCUGGUGCACUAGAGGACGAGAAAAUCGUAAAAGUUGUUUGCGGUGAGAGUCACAUUGCUGUUCUCACAGGCUCUGGCAAAAUUUUUACGUGCGGCGAUGGUAGACAUGGGAAACUGGGUCUCGAGGAGAACGAGAACAACGUGCACGAGUUGACAUAUGCUAUCAAGUAUCAGGAGCUCUUUGUCACAAAUGUUGCAUGCGGCGGGUGCCAUACGAUCUUGGUGGGACGAAGGAGAGAAACUGAAAACGGGGAUGAUGAAUCCAAGCAAAUGAAAAUUAAUGCUCUACCUCCACUGAAAGUCCCGACAUCGCGGAUUCAAAACGAAAGUCCCAUAGCGAAGCCUGAUGGCCCUAACAUCGGUAGCAACGAGGAGAACGAUAACGAGACCGAAUCAACACCAGAGAAAAACGAGCACGACAAUGUUGGGGUGGCUGAUCCCCCAGAGAACGACGUGGACAAGCCGGAGUCCCCUAAGAAAUCGGUGGAUUACGGCGAGUCUGAGGAGAUAAAAGUCAAAGAAGACGAGAUGAGUAACGAAAAAAAUCAAACUACAGUCGAACCUGAAUUUUCUGAAGAAAGGAACAGUCCAGAGGACAGCUCAAAGGGCAUGGAGAAACCCGAGGGAGUCAAGAGGCCGAAGUCUUCCGUGUCGCGGGUCAGUCGAGUCGAGGAUAAAACGAUCGAGGGCGAUGGCGACGAGGCGAAGGAUGACGGCGAAAAAAUCAGUGAGGAAAGUCAGAACGGUGCAGAAAUGAAAAAAGAAGAACCAGAGUCUCCGCCACUUCCGGUUCCGCCGCCGAAGCCCCCGCGGCAGAAGACCGGAAGCGCAGGGAGUGGAUCCUCCGGGGACAUGUCGAGAAAGAGCUCGGGGAAAGUAUCGAGCUUGGGAGGUGCCGAGCUGGAAGAAGAGGAAAAAAAAGAGAACAACGCCGAAAGGAAUUCUCGUGAGGAGAACGAGACGGCGUCCAGAAAGAAAUCAGCGAGCAGUGAAAAUAGUCAAUCCGGGAAAUCGAAGGCCGAAUCCAACGAAACUGUACCCAUGGAGGAGACUAUCCAGAGCACCAUCGAGAAAAUAGGGAAUGAGGUGGCGGAUAAGGUGGACAUGGUGGAGGCAAAAGCUCUGGAGACUGUCGUUGCUAUUGAGGAGAAGAUUGGGAUUGCCACCGACGACGCAGACGUCGUGCAAUCACCUGUUUCUCGAGGAGGAAAAAUAUCGAAAUUAUUCCACCUUAGGCGACAAGAAGUGGAGAAUGGGAAUAAAUUAAGCAGCCCGCAACAUACGAAAGCUAAAUCGAAAACCUGCAGUAUCCUGUGAUCGAUUAAGACUACUACGAGUCAAGUCCAGCGAUUUGCCGAUUAUAUUUUUUAUAAAUAAAUAAACCAACUAGAAAUACGGACGCUGUGUUCGGGACCAAGGACGAUCACCAGCGAAAUUCGUUCGAACCACUGAAAUGAAUAGAAUAAUCAACUUGCCACACUCGAAAAAAUUUCAUGGAAAAAUGACAUGAAUCUACUAUUCGGUAUGAUUCAAUUUACCGAAAUAUUUUCUGUAUACAUUCUUAACCAUGGAAUUGGUUCUCUUCUUCGAUUUGAAAACCACACUCAAACAGAAAUUCGCGGAACUACUGCAGAAAAUAUUGAAUAGUAAAAUUAUACUUAGAAAAUAUAUGAAGGAAAUUGAACUCAUUUCAACCUAUUUUUUUUCUAAAUGUCUAGCCCUUUCGCUAGAAAUU